UGCAUCUAUUGGUGUUUUUGGUGUUUUUAGAGAUACCUAAACUAUUACAACAAGGUAGAAUUUAUGCUACGGUUGGUGUUUUUAGAGAUUCCUAAACUAUUACAACAAGGUAGAUUUUACGCUAUGGUCUUUAACAAGCAUUCUAAGGGAAGGAGUAAUAUUAGUAAAGGAAGAUUCUACUUAGUUGCGAUUCUUGCUCUGGAUUCGAUCUACUGUGGCUGAGGACAAACCUCUUAUUUACUUAAAUUGCCUGCUUGUUAGAUAUUAGAUUUCGCUUUCAGCUACAUACUUUUCAUUUCUGUGACAAGAAUUGAACCUAUAAUCUUGCAAUUAAAGGUAUAGCGCAUUAAUUACCUGGACACGACUCGAUUACUAGAAUCUAAAUUAGGAGAAGGGCUCAGAAGAUAAAAUACGUGGCAGGAAGCGUAACGUAACUGAAAACUCCCACUGAAGCUUCAAGCGGUUAAACUGCCAAGUGCCAAACAUAAUCAUAUGCCAGCGUGUCACCAACCUGUCCUUUGGUCCCACUUUCUCCGCCAAUACAACCCUUUCAAACCAUACAUGGUCCCACUUCAUUCAGCUCCUUCCCUAUCUGAAACUAAGGAAAAAACGCCCAAAUUUGACAUCUUCAAGAAUCAAAAUUGUGUAUAAUCACAGUAACCAGAUGUAAAGAAAACCAAGAAUCUGAAAUCUUGAUCCAAUCCCAUCAAUCCUUCCCCGCCCAAUUUGUUCAUCUUGUCAAAUGUUAGUUUACCUGAUCCCAUGAUCCCGACAUAGACAGCGCAGAUAAACCUUAAACAAUUCGAAAAAAGAUUAGAUUUUUACACCCCAGAAAUCCAAUCCCUUUGGAUAUACCAUUUGUUAAUUGAUAAAAAAAUGCAAUCCUACACACUUCCUAUAACUGAUCCAAACCCACCUUCUUUAAUGGUCCCAUCAACUUCAAACACAGCAGGGGCAUUGCUAUUCAGAUCAGAGGACGAGAUGUCUGCCACAGCAAGAAUGAUGAUUUCUCCAUCUUUUGAGGAUGUCCGGAAAAUUGAAACAAGACCCUUAAUUUCUCGGACCUCAAGUUAUGCUGAAUCUUUGUCUUCUUCAUCAUCUUCUUCUUCCUCUGGGAGUUUGGUUUCGAAUCUGCAGAAGCAAAGAAGGCGGCGGAUUAAUAGUGGAGCGCCCCUUUUUUGGCUCUCUGAUGGGAGUCGGCGUCGACAUUCUCUUAGGCAAGAUAUGGGCCAGGCUGCCUCGGACACUUACCUAAUUACUCGACUUAGCUUUAAGCUGUUGAGAUAUCUUGGGGUAGGCUACAGGUGGAUAAUGAGAUUCCUUGCCCUUGGCUGUUAUGCGUUUCUGCUUCUUCCUGGUUUCUUGCAAGUUGGAUAUUACUACUUCUAUUCUAGUCAAGUGCGCAGAGGUAUCGUUUAUGGUGAUCAACCUAGAAAUAGACUUGAUUUGUAUUUGCCGAAGAAUUGCGAUGGGCCAAAACCAGUUGUUGCCUUUAUAACUGGCGGAGCAUGGAUAAUUGGGUAUAAAGCCUGGGGAUCUCUUUUAGGACAGCAGUUAUCAGAAAGGGAUAUUAUUGUGGCAUGUAUAGAUUACAGAAACUUCCCUCAGGGAACCAUGGGUGAUAUGGUUAAGGAUGCUUCUCAAGGGAUCUCAUUUGUGUGCAAUAAGAUUGCUGAAUAUGGAGGCGAUCCUAACAGGAUUUACUUGAUGGGCCAGUCAGCUGGUGCACAUAUUGCUGCUUGUGCGCUUGUAGAUCAGGCAAUGAAGGAAGCAGGUGAAGGAGAAAGCACUACUUGGAGUGUGUCUCAAAUCAAGGCUUAUUUUGGUCUGUCUGGAGGAUACAAUCUUCUCAACUUAGUUGAUCACUUUCAUAGCAGGGGUUUGUAUCGUAGAAUCUUUGUAAGCAUAAUGGAAGGGGAAGAAAAUCUCCGUCGAUAUUCCCCAGAACUUAUGGUGCAAGAUCCAGCGUGCAUAAAUGCUGCUUCCCUGCUGCCGCCAAUUGUUCUUUUUCACGGAACUGGAGAUUAUUCAAUUCCCUCAGAUUCCAGCAAAUCUUUUGCAGAAACUCUUCGGAAAGUUGGAGUAAAAGCCGAAUCAGUCCUAUAUGAAGGAAAGACUCACACUGACUUGUUUCUUCAGGUAUUAUCUGAAACUUGCAGCUCCCAUUUACCAUCAUAAGUCGACAGAUGUUGUUAUUACCCGAGUAACGAUAUUCUCUAUGAAUUCAUCAAUACCACCGUUCAUGGAAUCACGUAGUAUAUUAUUGCCUUUUUGUCGACUGUCGCAUCAUUUGCUGAGCAAGAGUUUCUAACUUCAUUAUCGUAUAUCUGCAAAUUAGCUUAUACUAGUUACUUUUCGGGCUCAAUUUUGUGUUUGAAGUCUUCAGAAUUUGAUGGAAACCUAUUGAUUUCGGCUUGUAUAACAUUUCUAGGAUCCGAUGAGAGGUGGUAGAGACGAUAUGUUUGAAGAUGUGGUUGCCUAUAUUCAUGCUGAAGAUACUGAAGCUUUGGCAAAAGAUGCGAAAGCUCCCCCAAGAAAACGCUUAGUACCUGAAUUCAUGAUAAAGUUGGCCCGACGUAUCAGCCCAUUUUAGUGCUCCUUUUUUGGGUCUUCAACAUGGAGAUUGUUAUUUUUGGUUAGAGAUCCAAAGCCCAUUCUCUUUCGGGUGCGUUAAUGAGAAAGUUAUUUGAUUAUCAUUGCUAAUCGCAUGAUUGAUUGUAUGGCCCAUUUAUUGUUCUUACUAAGGGCAAACCACAAUUUAGUAACCCCAACUGUUAAUAUUGUGUAUGAUUUUAAGGAUCGUACUGUUACGUGAUUGUAAUUAUUUGUAACACUGAGGAUUUUCUGUAAAUUCUUUUCAGCUGUGUGAGAAAUUUUUGAUAGGACGAUGAUAAUCAUGACUACAAAUUGAUAGUUAUGACAAAAUUUGCGUGAUGGAUUAGUAAUCAUUCUGAGUUUCAUGAGUGGUUUAGUAGUAAUGUAGUAUCUAGCUUUAAGUCGGU